AGAUGGACCUCCCUGCAGAGUGAUGCCCAUGUGCCCGUGCCUGGCAGCCGCGGUGGCCCCGACAGCACCCUGAAGCUCACUCAUGGUCCAGAAGAGCUCCGCUUGGUUUCUGCCUGGUUGACUCCCCAACACCCCUGUCUACCCCCCACUCAAGCCACCACGCAUGAAGGACGCUCUCCAGCCAGAGAGAUGAACCCAGCUGUGCAUGGAGGCUUUUCAAUUCUAAUAGAGGAACCAAGAAAUGUCCCCUUUGAAAGGAGAAGUAUGUCACUGCCAUGGGCUCCAGAUACAUGUACCCCACCUCCAUCUGCAGUUGAGUGCCCCUUCUCUGGAAAUCCACAAAUAUUCCAAGAGCUGGACUUCUUCUGAAUCAUCUCAAAUUCUUCGAACUUCGCUGGUCUAGGGAAGGAUGUGAGGAGGUGACAGAAGGCGGGGCAAGACCCUCAAAGAGGUUAAAUAGGUCACUGCCACCCUCGACUCUCACCAGGGUGUCUCCCUAAGCAGAGGGACCCGCACACAGAGAGACUCCCUCCUGGGCUCCUGGCACCAUGGCCCCACUGAAGAUGCUGGCCCUGGUCAUCCUCCUCCUGGGGGCUUCUCUGCAGCACAUCCAUGCAGCUCGAGGGACCAACGUGGGCCGGGAGUGCUGCCUGAAGUACUUCAAGGGAGCCAUUCCCCUUAGAAAGCUGAAGACGUGGUACCAGACAUCCGAGGACUGUUCCAGGGAUGCCAUUGUUUUUGUAACUGUCCAGAACAAGGCCAUCUGUUCGGACCCCAACGACAAGAAAGUGAAGAAGGCACUUAAAUACCUGCAAAGCCUCUAGAGGUCUUGAAGCCUCCUCACCUCAGACCCCUGACUGUCUCCCGGGACCACCUGGGACCUCCACCGUUGGUGUUCACCGCCCCAACCCUGAGAACUUGGGUCCAGGGGAGGCCUUCCAAGGACAAAGAAGCGCCACAGUGAGGGAGAUCCCAUCCCCUUGUCUGAACUGGAGCCAUGGGCACAAAGGGCCCAGAUUAAAUUCUUUCUCCUCA